AUGGGAGCAGCGCAUGAUAAGCCUGAAAUAGAAGAAACUUCAAAUAAUAUUGCAGAAAUAAAUCAAAAAACAGCGGACAGCAUAAAUAUUCAUCCUGUUCAUUUGGACAAAUAUAAUUUUGAUGGGAGUUCUCAAGAAGAAAUUUUUAAUUCAAUUGUGUCAAGCUAUGCUUUAAUCAAUCAAAAAAUUCGUAAUAUGAAGAGAACAAUACGGCGGAGUAAAACAACAAAGAUCCAAGCUGAAAAUCACCUAAAAGCGUGGGGAAAAAUUUAA